AUGGAUUUGCUUGAAUCUUAUCAGAGUGAUGAUGAAACGGGUCAGGAUUCCACAUCAGAUUCCUCCAAUUUAAAAUUUUUGGGACCUAAGCCACUGGAACAAUACAGAAAUAAGUAUAAAAGAUUGAAUCAAGAUAGUUUUGGGAGCCGAGAUCCUAAAUUUUUGAAGAAUCACGGAGUUAAUAGUGAUUCCGGGGAGAUGGCUCUGUUGGUAUAUGAUCAAAAGGAUGAACAAUCUAAUUUACGAUCAAGAGUGUAUCAAGAUUAUCGCAAUGCUAAGCACAUGAAUAAAGAAGCUCCUAAAUCCACAGGAGUGGAGUUAUCAAAGGUAACGAAGCAGGAGACUGUGCUGUACGACAAGAAUAAGGACGAGUCGUUAGUAGUGGCAAUUGAACUGGGAUCAAGAAAUAAUCCGUCAGGAGUAGUUAGAGCGGAAAGCGAACACGACCGGAUAUCAGCAAAAGAUCGUGCAUCGGAAACGUUGAGGAACAAAUCGCAAACUGUGUCGAAGAAGCUGACACAAGAACACAGUAGAAAGGGAGAAGACAUGAUGUACGCAAACUACCCAGUGGAUCACCCGAUGUAUAAGAAGCACUCGUCGAUGGCGACUUACACGAACGACGGCUCGACCUUCUUUUUAUCGGAGUCGUUCGGGUCAGUACACUCGACGCCAAGUGGAGUGACGGAGAAGGUGUACUUCAACGAGGUGGCGUUCCAAGACGAUAUGAUGAAAAAUGACCUAAAAGUGGUGCUGGAAAACGACCCUAAGGUAGCCGAAGUGAAGAGAAGAAGGCUGAAGGAGUCGGAAGUGGAGUCGGAAGACGUGUUUGGACCGUGGAUACCGUUCGAGGAAGGAGAGUUGCCAGUGCACUCGUCAGUGCUGAAUAAGGCAGAGUCGGAGGAGAAGGAGAAGAAGCAAAAGGCCAGAACGAAGAAUCAGCUGGCAACAUCGUUCGCAAAAUACAAGCCGGAGCAAGCAGAGCACCUGAACGAGGUUGUGGUGAGCGACGGGAAGCAGACGACGAAGUUCAACGACGUAAAUGUGUCGACCUUCCACAGGAAGGUGGACACGGAAAGACAAUAUAAGUCGUGGGUGCCAGCGCCGAAGAACAUGAAGCAGUACGACCGGGAAACAUACAAGGCCUAUUUGCCUAAGCAGGAAGUGCACACUUACGUGGGACACACGAUGGCAGUGCAGAAGAUAGAGUUCAUGCCGAAGACAGGACACUACCUGCUGUCGGCGUCAAUGGACGGAUUCGUUAAGAUCUGGGACGUCAACAACACGAGGAAGUGCGUGAGGACGUACAAGGGGCACUCGAAGGGAGUGAGGGACAUAAGCUUCAUAGAAGAAGGGUCGAAGUUCUACAGCUGCAGCUUCGACUCGAACUCGAUACUGUGGGACACAGAGUACGGGAAGAUAAUAGGAAUAUACACGGUCGAAAAAACGCCGUACUGCCUAACAGUGUGCCCGAAGGACGAGUGGGUCUUCAUAGUGGGCGGAGAGAACAAGAAGGCGAGCCAGUUUGACGCAAGGACAGGAGAAGUGGUGCUCGAGUACGCGGAGCACAUGGGCUGCGUAAACACAGUGACCUUCAUCGACGGAAACAGAAGAAUACUGACGACGGGAGACGACAAGAAGCUGCUGGUGUGGGACUACAACAUCCCGGCAGUGGUGAAGCAGAUCUCGAACCCGGCAAUGCACACGGUGCCGGCAGUGGUCAGCCACCCGAGCGACAAGUUCGUGCUCGCACAGAGCAUGGACAACCAGAUCGUGGUCUUCGAGUCCUCGGGUUCGCGCUUCAAGCAGUUCGGAAGGAAGAGGUUCCGAGGCCACCAGAACAGCGGAUACGCGAUCAGGCCCUCGUGCUCGCACGACGGAAGGUACGUGGCGAGCGGGGACGCGCGGGGGAAGCUCUUCAUCUGGGACUGGAAGACCUGCAAGAACCUGCAGACGCUGAGCGGCCACAAGGCGGUGACGAUGGACUGCAAGUGGCACCCGGCGUACCAGUCGACGGUGGCCACAUGCUCCUGGGACGGAACAAUAAAACUCUGGGAGUAG